GUUUCGAGAGCGUUGCCGAGUACCACCUCUACAUUGUUGGCGCCAGCUUUGGCAAGGUUAUCCCGAGCAGCCGCAGCGUACUCAUCCGAAAACUCGAGGGUAGUUACCUUGCCUUCGGGCCCGACAGCAUGAGACCAUACCAAGGCUGAGUAUCCGACAAACGUGCCAAUCUCAAGCACCCGCUUCGCGCCCAUCAACUUGGCAAUAAAGGCAUGGCACUGAGAUUGAUUGUUAGACGUCAAAUACUCGGAGCGUGCAUGGUUGGCCACUGUGUCAGCAUGUAGAUCUGUCACGCUCUUUGGAAGAGGGGUAGAGUGCGAUGCUGAAUACUCAAUCACCGACUUGGUGACGAUAUCGUUCGGGUACAAAGCGUUGGUAGAUGCUUGCUUCAUGAUGCGCCGUGUCGCCGUAAGAUUGGAAACGAUGGGGGGGAAGGGUGUGUUUUCUUUUUGCAAUGAGGGUUUCUAAUGGAGAUGUGGUCAGUAUCCUGUUGUGAGCGGUUUAUUAAAUAAGUCUUGUGGCAAAAGGCGUCGUUGACAGGACAGAGUUCCUGAAUGCCCCGCGAACGGCCGAUCGACCCCGCGGCUGACCCGAGUGAGCUAUAAGUUCUAUGGCGCCAUCAUACACAAUUGUUCUUUGACGCCCUUUACCAACGACAAAUUCCGGUACUACUCACAGCAAUUUUUGGACACAGUCGGAGCGUUUGGCCGAGGAUCGGUUAGAGGUGCUACCAAUGAUGUCGAUAUCGCUACCCACGGCGUCCGAAGCGAUAAGGUCUCUAUUCCAUAUUGAUGCCAGCUUCGGCAGACAAUCUAUAUUCUUGGCUAUUAUUAACCCGAUUUUUAUAAGAAAAAAGAUGAAGAUACGCUGUUCAGCGAUAUGAUACCGAAUUGGAAUUGGCCAGUCUUCCCUUCUCGACUCAGUGAAGCCUUCAGAUAAUGGCCAUAUAGUCCAGUCAACCGCCACCGAUAAUAACGCGAUAUUAUGUGUCAAACUUGCAAUAAACCUAACCUAUAUUCCAGUUUCAACUGGUUAUAGCCUAUUAAAGACGAUUUAAGCGCUCCUCCAGCGACAUACUAUGCAUGGCCGUCAUGUUGAUCGGCCUACCCUGCACAGCUCCUCUCGAUAUCGUCAGAUACCAGAUGCAAGUCUUUAUGCUGGUAAAUAGCUAUUGAGUCUGUAUAUACAGACUAUCAAUAAAAUUAACGACUUCAAUCACUCGGCUGAUGGCUGAACUAAUCUCACGUGUCCGAUGCAGCAUCUCAAACCAGACCGCAUCCCAAUCUCUCACCGAAUACCACCUCACAAAACAUAUUACAGGCCGCAUGUAUUAAAAAACAAUGACAUCAACACCGCGGAUUUCGCCAAUGAUUAGAAUAAAUCUAAGCGAUCCUUUCAUAGUCUAUAGGCACAUUUUAGCCAAUACCUAUGCGCACGUGGCUCUCCCAGUGAUUUUGGAUCCCUGUGGAGGUCUAGAACCAGCAUCGGCACAUGCGAUCUGGCUCCCAAGCCCCCUCCGAUAUUCUAUCGAUUUUGGCUGCGAAAGCCGGCAUGUUGAGCAUGAGCGAAUCCCCUUACAUGGAAUUUUGUUAAAAGUUAAAAGGGAUAUCAGACAAAGCAUCAAGAACAUGGUUUGCGCACGUGGUAGUGACGUGACGUGCUCGACGCAGGAACCAUAGCCACGCGCAUCGAUGUGAAACUCGCAGGGUUGCAAUUCAUCAACAAGGUUCAACCGCCAGCACGACCGACUUCACGGGCCAUGCCGCGACGUAUGCUGCAUCCAAGGCAUUAAACGGCUAUAGCGGCAAGCCUAUUGCCAUUGUAAAUCGCCGACCGAAGGCCAAAAGCAGCGUACUGACGUUAGUCGCCCCGGUUUGCGAAUCAGCUUGCCUUAGCGCCGGCAUCAAAUGGACCAGGGGAUCAUGGUCUGAAGAUCUUACUUGCCUGCAGUCAUCCUCGAAUCCACCCCGUUGCCGUCGUAGUAACGCCGAAGUAGCGGCAAAAAAAGUCUUGCUCUCAUCCCCAUCGAUAUUUAAAAGCCCUCGUCUGCCGCUUGCGCUAAAGUUGACCUCUCUUUGCUCUUGUCAUCCAAACAACAAUCUUCACCACCACUAUCCAAGAUGCAGUUCUCUGUCGUUCUCCUCGCCGCCUUGACCACCGCUGUUGCGGCCAAGCCUACCUUCUUCCUCAUCCGCCACGCUGAGAAGAACGACGACGGCACCAUCUCUUCCCAGGGAAUGCAGCGCGAGCAGUGCCUCAUCAGCGUCUUCGGCCGUGACAGCGGCUACAACAUCCAGCACAUCAUGGUCCAGACCCCCCACGCCGGCGAUGCCAAGAGCCAGCGCCCUUACAACACCACUCUCCCUCUUGCCAACUCUCUCGGCCUCAACAUCGACUCUCCUUGCGACUACGAUGACCCGCAGUGCGCUGCCAACGCUGCUCUCCAGUACACUGGCGGCAACGUUCUCAUUGCUUGGGAGCACAAGGAGCUUCGUCACGUUGCUGAGGCCCUCGGCGCUGAUGAUGUGCCCAAGUACCCUGGCGACCACUUCGAUCUCAUCUAUACUCUCCCCGAGCCCUACACGGAGGUGUCUAUCUCUUCCGAGAGCUGCCCCGGACUUGACAACUAAAUCGAUCGGUCAGAUGAAAUCGAUGACAAAAGGAGGAUGAAACAAUGAAAGAAGCCUAAAUAGCUGAAAUGGAUUAACGAUGUGUUUAUGCCCGAUUCAAGUACAUAGGAAUAGCUCGAAAAAAGUAUAUAAAGUCGAAUGAGAUGGGUUGCUUCAAGUGCUUCGGAGAGUCUUAUGGAACCUGUGGUCGACUGAUAUGACUUGUGACAACUGUUCAUCCCGUGGAAUAGUUUAAAAGAUCAUAGAGUCCAUUCAAAACAAUAGCGACCAUCAUGUAGAUUACGACGAAGGGGUUAUUUUCGCUGUUACACACGCCACCCAAUCCUCUGGGAUCCAGGCUGUUCUUAGACUCAGGCAGUGGAGAAUCUCGUGAAGCGCCACUGUUGAGGUGGUGGCGCUGGUUAAUUAUCGAUGCGCAAGAAUGAAAAGACCGAGUCUACCAGAUUAUCGGAAGUUUUCUUCUAGAGGAGAAUGUCGAAUGGGGAAAGCCGUCCUAGGCGCUACGAGUAUGAAGAGACGGCAGAUGUCAGGAUGACCAUCACGUUUGGUAUGGCGUCACUGUACCGAAGCUACUAGGCUUCUGUUAUUAGUCUAGCAGACGACAAUUAUGGCUGCUUACAUUUUCAUUUACAUCUGGUAACUUCGAUUUAGCGUGGCAAGGCCUAGCUACAGACUGACGCCCGAUGGUUGGACGCAAUACUAAUAACGGCCAAGUCGGUGUGAUUAGAUAUCCGCAGACCCUUGCUCGCCGUUCAUCAUUUCAUGCAUCACUGGUCCGGCGCAAAUCAAUCAAUAGUGUGUUGCGCUGGCGUCGUCUACCAACCAUAUAAGCCAGGAUACAUUACCACUGGUAAUCCAAAGCUUGAAGCCAACAUUUUCGAGCUUGGCGGCGAGUAGUAUCCAUAAAGAAAUGGUAAAGAUACCGAGGCCCAUCCAAGAGGGCAUAGAGUUUGCCGCCUAACCCGCUUCAUUUUGGUGGCGUUUUCGUGUAGACGCACUGUUUCGUUGACUAUCCCAGUGGCUGUGGUAGCAGCAAACUCGACGCAGUCGAGAUCCACCCGGCUGGUCCGUGGCACGAUGGGUUUACAGUAGCUGACUAGUGCCUGUACGCUGAAAAUAGCGCCUUUGCAACUGCUGGGGCAAUCCGCUCUUGUGUUGCACGAACACCCCUGCGUCAAUUGCUGGAACAAUGUCCCUCACUAUUGCUUCUCACCGUUAUCUGCUGCCAAGUUAACUGUUGAGCGACUCACGGAGCCCAAGGCGACCAUGUUGCCCAGUGAUCAUGUAUCGAACAGGACUGGCAAAGCUCCCGAUAUAUCCAUUCCUCUAUGACACAAAACUGCUAUGCUAACUCUUUUCUUGAGUGGCAAAUCAGGAAUUCGUCAUCCCAUGUGUAUGAAAUUGUCAAGCAGGGUGUGUGAACAACAGUGACCGGCAAGUUUCGAUAUUGGAUAAAGGUGAUGGAUGCGGCUUCUCCCAAAUGGGACCAGAGGCUUUCGUGUUCCGUUUCCAACAGCGGCACAGCAUUUGCAAAAGGAGUCUGCUUUGGCGAGUGCGGUUUUCGCAAAAUUCGGCUACCCAGCCGAGGGAUAUCAAGUUUGUAAGAGCAUGGUUGGGGCUUCAUGCUGGACUCCGCAACAAGUCUUGCUGACCCACGCUCGCCGUAACACUGCCAGCCUCGAGCUGCGAUUCGCUGUUGCCGUCUCCUGGAGGGGGAAUGGCGUAAAGUGGUUGCAGCAGGCAACUUGCGCGGAAAUAGGGCGUCGCGUCAAGGCUGUCACAGGGGCGAAACUAGGCAAUGGAGGUACCCGGUGUGCAUGGUGUAAGCUGGGAGGAGCCAGUUUUGGCCUUCAACAUUGUCAGGUUUGUUGAAUGAGAUGCCUAUGAGCCUGUAAUUUAAAACCGGGAUUUGCAGCUGGCGUGUCCUGUUGGACAAGAGUCCAUCCAUUUGCUUUACAGGCUGCACUGUUUCCUUUGAAUGAAUGUUUGAUUUCGUCACCCUUGACACCAUGCAUCUGCCCAGUGGAACGUCUUUGGGCGGGUCUGCUACCAAGGCCUGCUGCUCCAAUGCUGCACUAGCCUGGUAGCCACCAAGCCGCUCAGUGAAAGUGGUCCGCAAUACUAAAACUUUACAGACGGGACCCAGGAUUACGGCCUGAAGGCAAAUCUUCACUGAUGUUGCAAGGUCAGUCAGCCAGGCUGGCUGCAUCGCAGAGGGGUGCAAGCCAGUCGCCGAAUACCAGGACCAAGCUAUGCACUGCAGUCGACCGUGCUCGGUUUGACUUGUCAAGGGACUCCGCGGCACAAGACGAGGGAGAGUGUAAGAAACAUCCAAACCACCUUGGCAAAGCUAACGCCGACGCUCUGUGCCCGUCACGAGUCAAGGCUGCCUGAACAACCGCUGAAAAGAAGUGGCCGUGUCCCACGUCUACCGUCGAGCAGGGUCGGUCCUAGCGAACAGCCACAGCGUACCAACGCGCGGUACAAGGUACUUGCUUGGUCUUGGUAGCUCCGGCUCCAACAUAUUGAACUCGGCUGAGCCGGGGGCAGCAACUUCGGAAGCCCAAAGACGUUGCACAUACACAUGAAAGUAACCACUGUGGUUUGCAAUCCGCAUCAAAGCGUCACUCGUGUUUUAUUUGCCAGACUGCCAGUGAUUUGGCGAAUGAUACCAGCAAUCAAUAUUUGACAGUUACCAAAUGGACGAACAAAUUGAGCAACGAUGGGCAUAGUGACAAGCUGCAGGACUCAAGAGCAGUCCAUUAGCCGGUUUGGUCCUAGCGGCUGGAGGCAUUGAGAUUGGUGGUCGCCAGAUGGCGUUAAGACUACUCCAGGUCAGUGAAAUGGGGAAUGCGGGCGGGCCACAGCGCAAUAGCA